GAAAGUCCAGCCAUCUGACAGACCUGGAGGCGGGAUUUCAGUCUCUUUUUUGCCUUACCCCUCCUCCUCUGUCUCCAAAUGGAGAGUGGUCUUUUUUCUCAUCUAUUGAAUCGCGGAGAUCGCCGUGUCCCGGGGAGUACCGCGUAGUACGCAGAAUGCUUCGACCACAGAGCGAUCGACGCUGUUGCACUUUGGAUGGAAAGCGCCACUUCCACUUUGCCUUCUGAAACCACAUUUUUUUAAAGAAAACGGUGAAUGUGGGAAUCGUUGGGAGACCUCCGGAUCGCGAAAUGUUGGUAUGGAAGGCGCAGACUCUGACUCGCCGUCCCAAACAGGAGUAUGAAGUACUUUGUGGAUCUGGGAACACCGAGAGAGAAACUCUGUUUCCUUUGGAUAUCCAAAAACGCUUACGGGGGAAUAUACUAACGUGGAUAACGAGAAGCUCCGCGCAGACUGUGCAACAUGGCCUCGGCUGUUAAUGUCUCCUUUGAGCAAGAAAACAGGGACCCCGAACGGCCGAGGUUAACGCGGAGGACUAGGGGGAACAGUCGUGCAACUGCAUCGGAUCUGGAGUAUUUGCAGCGGCCGAGUUAUUGCGACGCCGCGUUCGCACUGGAGCAGAUAUCGGAGGGUAAUGCGACUGGAAGGAAAGCACCGCUGUGGCUGCGAGCGAAGUUUCAAAGACUCCUGUUUAAACUCGGCUGUUACAUACAAAAGAACUGCGGAAAGUUUUUAGUUGUGGGCCUUUUGAUAUUCGGAGCUUUCGCCGUUGGUUUGCGGGCAGCCAACCUGGAAACGGACGUGGAGAAGCUCUGGGUGGAAGUGGACGGCAGGGUGAACCAGGAGCUGAGAUACACGCGGCAGAAGAUCGGCGAGGAGGCCAUGUACAACCCACAGCUGAUGAUCCAGACCCCACGGCAGCGCGGGGCCAGUAUCCUGACAGCCGAGGCACUCAAACAGCACCUGGACUCCGCCCUGAGGGCCAGCCGAGUGCACGUCUCCAUGUACAACAGCAUAUGGAAAUUGGAACAUUUAUGCUACAAAUCAGGAGAACUCGUCACAGAAAACAAUUUUGCAUAUCAGAUCAUUGAGAAUCUCCAUCCCUGUCUGAUCAUCACACCUCUGGACUGCUUCUGGGAAGGUGCUAAGCUACAUUCAGGCAUCGCCUACCUCCCCGGUAAACCCCCCCUGCAGUGGAUGAACUUCGACCCGCUGGAGCUGAUCGCGGAAAUGAAGGCAGUGACCCACGUGGUGGACAGUUGGGAGGACAUGCUGGUCAAGGCCGAGGUGGGCCGCGGCUACAUGGACCGGCCCUGCAUCGACCCUGCCGACCCCGACUGCCCUCUGUCUGCUCCCAACAAGAAUUCCACACAGCCGCUGGACAUCGCCCGCAUCCUGACCGGAGGUUGCCACGGAAUCUCCAAGAAGUACAUGCACUGGCAGGAGGAGCUCAUCGUGGGGGGAGCCGAGAAGAACAACAGCGGCAUUCUCCUCAGCGCCCAGGCUUUGCAGACCAUGUUCCAGCUCAUGACGCCCAAGCAGAUGUACGAGCACUUGAAGGGCUACAACAAGGUUUCGCACAUGAACUGGAACGAGGAAAAGGCAGCCGCCAUCCUGGAGGCCUGGCAGAGGAGGUACUCCGAGGAGGUCCAGCAAAGCGUGUCCAUCAACUCCUCUCAGAAGGUUCUCACCUUCACCACCACCACUCUGGAAGACAUCCUCAAGUCCUUCUCCAGCGUGAGCGGCAUACGGAUUGCCAGCGGCUACCUGCUCAUGCUGGCCUACGCGUGCCUGACCAUGCUGAGGUGGGACUGUGCCCGAUCCCAGGGGGCCGUGGGGCUGGCCGGUGUUCUGCUGGUCACGCUGUCCGUCGCCGCCGGACUUGGCCUCUGCUCGCUCAUCGGCAUCUCCUUCAACGCUGCCACUACUCAGGUGUUGCCAUUCCUUGCCCUCGGCGUGGGAGUGGACGACGUAUUUCUCCUCGCUCACGCCUUCAGCGAGACCGGCCAAAACAAGAGGAUCCCUUUUGAGGACCGUACAGGCGAGUGUUUAAAGAGAACGGGGGCCAGCGUGGCUUUGACUUCCAUCAGCAACAUCACGGCUUUCUUCAUGGCUGCCCUCAUCCCUAUCCCAGCACUGCGGGCCUUCUCCCUGCAGGCUGCCGUCGUGGUGGUGUUUAACUUCGCCAUGGUGCUGCUCAUCUUCCCCGCCAUAUUAAGCAUGGACCUGUAUCGCCGAGAAGACCGCCGUUUUGACAUCUUCUGCUGCUUCGUCAGCCCGUGCAGCAACCGUGUGAUCCAGCUGGAGCCCGUGGCGGCGUACGGCGAGGGGGCGGGCGAGGGGGCGGGCCGCUACAGCCCGCCGCCCCCUUACGGCAGCCACGGCUUCGCGCAGCAGACGCACAUCACCAUGCAGUCGACCGUGCAGCUGCGCACCGAGUACGACCCGCGCACGCAAGCUUACUACACCACGGCCGAGCCGCGCUCGCGCAUCUCCGUGCAGCCCUACCUUCCCGGCCCCGCCCCCAACCACAACAACAGCAACAGCGGUGGGGUGGCAGGCAUGCGCCGGAGCCCCCCGGCCCAUGGGGCCCCGCCCCCGGACGCCGCCUCUUACCGGAGCGAGGAGGGCGCUAGCUCCACGAGGGACCUCCUGUCGCGGGCCGGGGAGGUGGGGCCGGGUCAGGGGGAGGCGGCCUGCUCUCAUUGGACAUUUGCCUGGUUCGCGGAGAAGCACUACGCGCCGUUCCUGCUGCAGCCCACCACGAAGGUGGCGGUGAUCCUGCUCUUCCUCGCCUUGCUGGGCGUUAGUCUGUAUGGCACCACGCUGGUGCGCGACGGCCUGGAGCUAACCGACAUCGUGCCUCGGGACACGGCAGAGUACGACUUCCUGGGCGCCCAGUUUCGCUACUUCUCCUUCUACAACAUGUACGUGGUGACGCAGCGGGCCGACUACGCGCAGGCCCAGCCACUGUUCCAUGAGCUGCACGCCCGCUUCGCCGGCGUCAAGUACGUCCUGCGCGGCGACGACGGCUCCCUGCCCCGCAUGUGGCUGCACUACUUCCGUGACUGGCUGCAAGGCCUGCAGGAGGCGUUUGAUAAGGACAAGCGUGCAGGCAGGAUCACUGAGGAGAACUACAAGAACGGCUCUGAUGACGCUGUCCUGGCCUAUAAGCUCCUGGUUCAGACGGGCCGCAGAGACAAGCCAAUCAACCGCAGUCUGGUCACCACGGCGCACCGGCUGGUGGAUGCCAACGGGAUCAUCAACCCCAGCGCCUUCUAUGUCUACCUGACUGCCUGGGUCAGCAACGACCCCGUGGCCUACGCCGCCUCUCAGGCCAGCAUCCGGCCGCACCCACCCGAGUGGAUUCACGACCCCACCGACUCCAUCUCCAUUGGCCGGCUCACCAUUCCUGCUGCAGAGCCCAUCGAAUAUGCCCAGUUCCCCUUCUACCUUAACGGGCUGCGUGAGACGUCCCACUUCGUGGAGGCCAUCGAGAGCGUGCGUGCCAUCUGCGCCGACUAUAGCCGGCGGGGCGUGGCCAGCUACCCCAACGGCUACCCGUUCCACUUCUGGGAGCAGUACGUGGGGCUCCGCCAUUGGCUGCUUCUCUUCAUCAGUGUGGUGCUGGCCUGCACCUUCCUGGUGUGCGCCGUCUUCCUGCUCAACCCCUGGACGGCCGGCAUCAUCGUGCUAGUGCUGUCCCUGAUGACGGUGGAGCUGUUCGGCAUGAUGGGCUUGAUCGGCAUCAAGCUGAGCGCCGUGCCCGUGGUCAUCCUCAUCGCCUCCGUGGGCAUCGGCGUGGAGUUCACCGUCCACGUGGCCCUGGCCUUCCUCACCGCCGUAGGGGACCGGAGCAGACGCGCCGUGCUGGCCCUGGAGCACAUGUUCGCCCCCGUGCUGGACGGAGCCUUCUCCACCCUACUGGGCGUGCUGAUGCUGGCUGGCUCCGAGUUCGACUUCAUAGUCAGAUACUUCUUCGCUGUGCUGGCCAUCCUGACCGUGCUGGGUGUCCUGAACGGCCUGGUGCUGCUACCCGUCCUAUUGUCCUACUUUGGCCCUUACCCCGAGGUGUCUCCCGCGGAUGGACGUAGCCGGCUGCCCACUCCGUCCUCUGACCCGUUCCCACCGGUGGUGCACUUCACCGUGCAGCCGAACCAUGCCGCGGCCUCGGACUCCUCCGACUCUGAAUACAGCUCCAACUCCACCACAUCUGGUACCAGCCAGGACUUCCAGCACCACAACCUCACAGCAAGCAGGGAGCGAGCCGCCCGGCCCGAAGAGGUGCGGGUCUGCACGGGGCAGGGCCAAGGUGGACCCCACGCAGCCCCGCCCACUUUGCCUCCUUAUUCGUGUGUUCCGCAGGCUGGGCCCACUGACUCGAGGCAUCAUCACCUUCAUCAUCAUCAUCACCACCAUCGCCAUCAUCGCUCUGCCCAUCCUCCUCCUCCCUCCCAGGAUGCAGGACCUCAUGCUUCCCACCGACACGGCGGCAGGGACCCCCGGAGAGAAGCGGCCAGCUCCGCCCCACCUCCCCCUCAGAGGCCACGCACGGAUGCUUUCCAAACCACCAACAAGGUGGGCGGCCACUACGGCCCCAGAGAACGUUCGGCGGGGCGCCAGCCCCGCCCCCACAACCCUUACCCUCACCCAACCAACCCCCCUCCCCCAGGCCCCGCCUACUGCCAGCCCAUUACCACGGUGACAGCUUCGGCCUCCGUGACGGUGGCCGUCCAUUCGGGUGUGCCCGGCCAGAGCCCCGCCUACCCCUGCUACACCUCCAGCGACAGCUAUCGCUCUCCGGAAGAAGGCUACCCAGACGCCCGUUUCCCCGACCCGCACGUGCCCUUUGAAGAAAGUCACCACGGCGGAGACUCCAAACUGGAGGGCAUGGAACUUCAGGACCUGGAGCUAGACUCUCCCAGAGACCACCACAACAGCCACUCCAGAUGAGAGCCUGGACAUCCGAGCCGCGAAAAAGGGCCAAAGGCGAGGCGUCCGCCUCCUGGCAGGGGAGGAGCCACAGCGCUGCAGAGGCGGGACUUCUCGUGCUGCCUACUCUCUCGGCAGCACGGGUCUAGCAGCUGUCCAACAUGUGGCUGGGAACGUUGGAAGGGGGAAAAACAAAACGAAAGAAGAACGCGUACAUGAGUGUAAAUAAGAAUGGAGAGUAGCCACGAUCGUACCGGUCUGUGGGGCCGGACGGCGGCCAGCGACUACUGUCCAUCCUCUGUGUAUCCAUGACACGAGGAAGCUCCAUCUUAGACACACUUGUCAGCAUCCAGACACCAAUACCACUGCUGCUUAAGGUGUUGGUGUGAUGUGCUUGUAGACUUCUAUGCAAUUGUUCUCUUGAGCAUUAUAUAGUGCCACGUAGGUGUGUGCAAGGGCGCAUGUGUGCGUGCAUGCAUACUUAUUGCGCACAUACGAGGGUAUGUAUUUGUGCGUGUGUGUGAGUGUGAGUACGUGUGCGUGCAUGAGUGUGUAUGAGCACCCUAUACAAACAUUUCACUCAGUUCAAAGAGUUCACUCCGUCCCCCACACAUUCACAUGCAUGCAGGCUAAGGAAGACGUACUGUUUAGUAGCUCUGUCCUUUACUGGGCAAAACCAUUACUCUGCCAUAUACAUGGGUUCUUUAUGCAUUCACUGUAGUUCCCAUAUUGUGUUGGAUAUCUUCUUGAAACUGUCCAUGCAUUUCUGUAGAGAUUUUCUGAACAAUACUUUUAUUAGUAUGUACUGGCUACGGAAUAUGUUAGCUGUUAUUAACUGUAUGUGCCUACACAAGGAACUGUGUAGUCUUUUCAUUUUCAGACCUCAUAUUACAGUGUCAGGUCUUUUCGAGUGUUACUGUGCAGGAAUUGCAAAUGGAUGAAUGGUGUGUGUGUGCGUGUCAUCUGCAUGUUCUGCGUGUAUUGAAGUAUAAUGUAUGCUUUAUUCAGAUGUUAAUUUAUCACAAACCUGUGGUAGUUGGAAAAAAUAUAUAUAUAUACGAUUAACAUUGAACCACGCUAUGCGUGGGAGUUCAGAAAUGAAGAAAGUGCAAAGAGCGUUUGCGUGUGGCUCUGCUGUACCUGCUCCACGGCCAACCUCUUCUUCUAGCUCGUCUCAAGUUAUUUUACUGUAAAAAUGGCCAUUUAGUCUCAACUCACGUAUGCUCUCGGCAUUCAUAACUGUAUUACUGGGUAAACUAUAAUCGACACAGUAGUUUAAGGUAUAGUAUGGUUUUUUGUGACUUUCACUUGGUACUAUGUUGUUGGUCAUUAGGUUUACUGUGGAAACUGGUCAGCCUUGGUAGCACUGUUCUUACAUUUAUCGUCUACGUUACAGAAAGGCAUUAUUUUUCUUUCCUUUUUUUUUUUUUUUUUUCUUUAAAGCUAACGAUAUGGUUUAAUAAACUAUUACAGCUACGGCUCUGGUGGUUUAGCGGGUCGAGCCGUAGCUAUUAUAGCAGCCUGUUGAUGCCCCUCACGUUCCAUAUUUCAAUAAGCUACGCUGAUGGGCGCGCCGAGGGGUUAGCCACUGAAUGGCCGAACGAGACGAGCGCUUUCCGCCGUGUGGUCCGUCCACCUCCUCAGUGACAGGCCGCGACCACUGGCCCCCCGGUGUAGCACGAGCAGCUCUCUCUGACCUCACCUCAUAAAACUCCACAACACAACGCCAUGACACUAAUUGGAAGUUCCCCCUCGACGGUCAAAUGGUGCAUGUGAGUGCUUCUAUGGUCAAGGGUCAGGGAGCCCACACUUCAGUCUGAGUCUGGUGUGUGUGUGUGUCUGUGUCUGUGUGUGUGUGUGUGUGUGUGUGUGUGUGCGAGGAGGCUGUUUGUGUGUGCAGUUCACUUUUUGCUGGUUCCUCUAAUCCAACUAUGGCCUCCUGUCAGACAUAUCUGUCUUUUUAUUCCUCAUUCACUUUUUCUUUUCUUCAGCAAAGUUUAUCCUUCUGUCAACUGCUUGUUUGAGUUGUUUGUUUGUUUGUUUGUUUGUUUGUGUUUCAUGUUCUCCUAAAUGUCACAUUGGCAGAAACAGGAGAGAAUCAUGGCUGGCAACUAUUGUUAUUCAUUUUUAUACUCUGUUCAUUUUUUACAUUUGUUUUGCAAUAUUUAUAUUUUUGUAUUAUAAGAUAUUGUUUUGUUCAAUAAUGGUCAACAUGCCAGUUGUUAACAAUGCAGGGAUUUUUAUGUCUGUCUUAAAACACUAUUACAGUUUUUGUGUUCUUACAUUAAUGGAUUUUGAUAUGUAUAAAGUGCUUACUAAUGUUAAAUAGGAAAAAAAGAGUAUAUAACAUUUACAAUACAGAUUCAUCACAGCUCUUAGAGGAUUCUAAAAGGAAAAUAAUGAGUGGUUUUUACAGACUGUCAUUUUUUCCUUGGUUGGUGUGGAUGUAUGUCCAUUUCAGUUACAAAGAUAAAUGUAUGCCAUAUAAUUUAUUUAUAUGAAAAUUUAUUUUUGUAGUGUACAUAGUAGUUGUCAAGUUAUUUGACAGAAGUAUAUUUUUAAAGAGUUUAUAUGUAAUGCUACCAUUUUUUGUGAGAACAUAACAGAGACAUUAAGUCAUUAAGGUGCACACUUUCAUUGCUAACUUCUUCCCCUUUUACAGUGUUACUAUAGAAGAGAUUGAAUGAACUCUGAAAAGACUGUUUGGGUUUUGUGAAAAGCUAGCCAUGAAAGUAGAAAAUGUACUAGCUCUCUAAAUAAUAAUGUUCAAACACUGAUAGAAUUCUAACAAAUAAAAAUAUUAUAACUUAUUUGUCUCUUUGUUAUAAAUAAACGAAUGUGAAAAAUCGA